GAAAAAUCCAUAUGCUCUCGUGUUUUGUAAUAUGCACAUGAGAUAUCAGUAAUUGUUUGUGGUUCAACUGAAAUAUAUGAAUAAAUUAAAGUAUUGUACUAAUUUAUUCAUAAUUCAUUGGUAUUGCCCCUCCACAAAAAGCACCCAAACAAGUGUAAAAUAUAAGCAAUUUUAAUUAAAACUUAAAGCACUUAAAAAGCGAUGUGAUUUGACUACAUUAGAUUAAUGAACAUUAACUAGAAAAGAAACUAUGAUGUUUCAUGAAAAUAAUCGGGCGAAGUGUUGACAUGAGAGAAAGGCGAUAACUACAGUGUAUCGCUCUCAGACAUUGUUGCCCCUGCUCUGAUCGCUCAGAUGACUUUUUCCUGACACUGAGCAUAGACAUUUCUGCUGCUGUUUGAGUAGAGGACCAUUCUCUUCAAGCACUGUGCCUAUGACUUCACUGUGGGGUGGGCUGGAGACAUGAACCCACCAAAAAGGACAGACUUUGUGUCUUUAACCGUCACUGGACAAGGAAGUCAACAGUGGAGAAGACAGUCCUGCUGGAGGAAAUGGAAGCUGUUAUCCAGAUUGCAGCGCAACCUAAUCCUCUUCACUGUGGCUCUCAUGUUAGUUUGUGGGAUUGCUACUAACCCCAGUGUCACAGAACAUUUCCGAGGCUUGGCUGUUGUUGCGAAGGAGGAAGGGGACCAUGCUCUGAAACCUGUCAUCCCUGAGGUCCAACCUGAGUUGGACAAACUGAACCGACCGUUAGUACCAGAGUCACCUUCAGAGAAGCAGAAGAGGGCAGCCCACAAGCGGGGGCCACCCAGCAGGCAGAACCGACUGCAAAAGAAAGGGAACGUGUCAGAUACCCAGGUGGAGAAAGAGGGAGAGAAGCCACUUGUUAACUGGCGUGUGGCCAUGAUUGACCAAGCCACUGAAAGAAGAACUGCCAAGGAAGCAGCGAACAAGGUGGAUGUCCCAGAGGUUGAGCAAGAGGGCCAUUCACACAAGGAGCCAGAAGUCGAUAGGCUUGAGGCAGUACGUGAUGCUUUCAGACAUGCAUGGAAGGGCUACAAAGAGUUUGCCUGGGGGAAAGAUGAGCUGAGGCCCAUGUCUAAGUCCUAUGGAGAGUGGUUUGGCCUAGGCUUGACCCUAAUUGAUGCACUGGAUACAAUGUGGAUCCUCAACCUCAAAAAAGAGUUUGAGGAGGCUAAGACCUGGGUUUCCACAGAGCUGUCCUUUGAUAAAGACGUGGACGUGAACCUGUUUGAGAGCACCAUCCGUAUCCUGGGCGGCUUGCUAAGCACUUACCAUCUGACUGGAGACACUCUGUUCCUGGACAAGGCUAAAGAUAUAGGAACGAGGUUAAUGCCUGCCUUCAACACCCCAUCCAAGAUCCCCUACUCGGAUGUGAACAUUGGGAAGGGUACAGCCCACCCCCCUCGAUGGACGUCGGACAGCACGGUUGCGGAGGUCACCAGCAUCCAGCUGGAAUUUAGGGAGCUGAGUCGCCUCACUCAGGACACACGCUACCAGGCUGCAGUGGAUGAGGUCAUGCAGAAAAUCCACAAGCUGGAGGGGAAGCAGGAUGGCCUCGUCCCCAUGUUCAUCAACACCAACAGCGGCCAGUUCACCCAUUUGGGGAUGUUCACGCUGGGUGCACGGGCAGACAGCUACUACGAAUACCUCCUCAAACAGUGGAUCCAGGGAGGCAAGAAGGAGACGGCGUUGCUGGAGGAUUACCUGCAGGCCCUGGAGGGAGUGAAGAAGAACCUGCUGAAGAAGUCCUCUCCGAACAGGCUGACCUUCGUAGGGGAGCUUUCCCAUGGCAGGUUCAGCCCCAAAAUGGACCACCUGGUGUGUUUCCUCCCUGGGACCCUGGCUCUAGGGGCCCACCACGGCCUGCCAGCAGAACACAUGGAGCUGGCCAAGCAGCUGAUGGAGACCUGCUACCAGAUGUAUGCCCAGAUGGAGACUGGCCUGAGCCCUGAGAUUGUCCACUUUAACAUGCACGAGGGCAGCAUCGGAGAUGUAGACGUGAAGCUUGCAGACAGACACAACCUCCUGCGCCCUGAGACGGUGGAGAGCUUGUUCUAUCUGUACAGGUUCACUAAAGACAGGAAGUACAGGGACUGGGGCUGGGAGAUCCUUCAGAACUUCAACAAGUAUACCAAGGUUUCUACUGGUGGCUACACGUCCAUCAACAACGUCCGGGACCCAGAGUACCCCAGCCCCCGGGACAAGAUGGAGAGUUUCUUCCUGGGGGAGACUCUCAAAUACUUCUACCUGCUGUUCUCCGAUGACCCGGAGCUGCUCAGUCUGGACAAGUAUGUGUUCAACACAGAGGCUCACCCCCUGCCCAUCUGGCCCACUGCACAGUGAGAGAUACACAGGGCAAGUCAACAUGAAGCACAUUUACAGUAAUACAUCACAGCUCAGGGCUUGGCUAACACCAAUAUAUCUAGUUAUUCCUUAUUGCAUAUCUCAGUGACUCAAAUUUGGGUUGGUUUACCCUCUCCUAAAUCGAAAAGUGAUUGUUAUAGCCAUGAUGGGGAGGGGUUGCAGCAGUGCUGGGGUGAGAUUGAAGCGUAGUAGCUUUGAUAUACAGUGGGGCAAGAAAGUAUUUAGUCAGCCACCAAUUGUGCAAGUUCUCCCACUUAAAAAGAUGAGAGGCCUGUAAUUUUCAUCAUAGGUACACUUAAACUAUGACAGAAAAAAUGAGAGAAAAAAUCCAGAAAAUCACAUUGUAAGAUUUUUAAUUUAUUUAUUUGAAAAUUAUGGUGGAAAGUAAGUAUUUGGUCACCUAUAAACAAGCAAGAUUUCUGGCUCACAGACCUGUUACUUCUUCUUUAAGAGGCUCCUCUGUCCUCCACUCGUUACCUGUAUUAAUGGCACCUGUUUGAACUUGUUAUCAGUAUAAAAGACACCUGUCCACAACCUCAAACAGUCACACUCCAAACUUCACUAUGGCCAAGACCAAAGAGCUGUCAAAGGACACCAGAAACAAAAUUGUAGACCUGCACCAGGCUGGGAAGACUGAAUCUGCAAUAGGUAAGCAGCUUGGUUUGAAGAAAUCAACUGUGGGAGCAAUUAUUAGGAAAUGGAAGACAUACAAGACCACUGAUAAUCUCCCUCAAUCUGGGGCUCCACGCAAGAUCUCACCCUGUCGGGUCAAAAUGAUAACAAGAACGGUGAGCAAAAAUCCCAGAACCACACGGGGGGACCUAGUGAAUGACCUGCAGAGAGCUGGGACCAAAGUAACAAAGCCUACCAUCAGUAACACACUACGCCGCCAGGGACUCAAAUCCUGCAGUGCCAGACGUGUCCCUCUGCUUAAGCCAGUACAUGUCCAGGCCCAUCUGAAGUUUGCUAGAGAUUGGAUGAUCGCAUUUGGAUGAUCCAGAAGAAGAUUGGGAGAAUGUCACUUUUUGGUAAAAACUCAACUCGUCAUGUUUAGAGGACAAAGAAUGCUGAGUUGCAUCCAAAGAACGCCAUACCUACUGUGAAGCAUGGGGGUGGAAACAUCAUGCUUUGGGGCUGUUUUUCUGCAAAGGGACCAGGACGACUGAUCCGUGUAAAGGAAAGAAUGAAUGGGGCCAUGUAUUAUGAGAUUUUGAGUGAAAACCUCCUUCCAUCAGCAAGGGCAUUGAAGAUGAAACGUGGCUGGGUCUUUCAGCAUGACAAUGAUCCUAAACACACCGCCCGGGCAAUGAAGGAGUGUCUUCGUAAGAAGCAUUUCAUGGUCCUGGAGUGGCCUAGCCAGUCUCCAGAUCUCAACCCCAUAGAACAUUUUUGGAGGGAGUUGAAAGUCCGUGUUGCCCAGCAACAGCCCCAAAACAUCACUGCUCUACAGGAGAUGUGCAUGGAGGAAUGGGCCAAAAUACCAGCAACAGUGUGUGAAAACCUUGUGAAGACUUACAGAAAACGUUUGACCUCUGUCAUUGCCAACAAAUGGUAUAUUAUUUCCUUAUUAGGGUCCUUAUUUUCCACCAUAAUUUGCAAAUAAAUUCAUAAAAAAUCCUACAAUGUGAUUUUUCUGGAUUUUUUUCCCUCAUUUUGUCUGUCAUAGUUGAAAUGUACCUAUGAUGAAAAUUACAGGCCUCUCAUCUUUUUAAGUGGGAGAACUUGCACAAUUGGUGGCUGACUAAAUACGUUUUUGCCCCACUGUAUAUUUGGUUAUCUUUGUCUGUUCUCGCCACAUUGCUGCUGAGAGGGCCUGUCUAUCCUCUGAUGACAGUUGUUUACUCUGAAGGAAGAGUGGAAAACAUGACAGGCAGCCAAGCUAUGUCCUUGGAUCAUCAUGGUUAUUUUGUACACCAACACUAGAGAAAGAUGUGAGCGUGACUGGACUCCAAGCUGUGCCUAGAUUGGAGGCAGCAGCAGUCUGAGAGGAAGUGCUAGUUUGACAGAAUACAGCACUGAGUGACCAGUGACACUCCCUAUCAUGGACUUCCCAUAUGAAGAAAUUCUAUAGUAUACUAUGGUAUAAAUCACUGUAGUGUAUACUGUAGUAUUUACAGUUAACUAUAUUAUAAAUACUGCAGUAAAGGAAAACAGUAGUAUACUGUAGUAUUUAUUAUAGUGUUUUUAGUUUUAUUAUCUUUGACAUAGAAGGGGAGGCUUUCUCCUUCCAAAAACCUACUGGAGAAUCACUAAUGAAGCACAUUUUCCAUAACCUGUAGGCAGGUAGGACUGGGGUCUGAAUGGAGAGUUCAGAACUUCUGUUCUUUUCUGUAACCUGUAGGGAACACAAUAUAUAGUCUAUACUUGGCAUAUAGGUUUCUCACUUAUGGGUGGUGCAAAUUGGGAUAUGGUGGAGGGGAAUGGGCACGGUAUAUGCUAAUUUAAUACUGUAGCAUUUACUAUAGUUAUAAAAGUGUAGUGUUUUUGUGGACAUUGCUGUAGUAUUUACUACAACAUUCUAUAGUAAGUUCUACACAUAAUUGAGGGAUACUACAGUGUGUAGUAUAAUAUACUACAGCUUACUAUGGAAUUCUAUAGUAUGUACUGUAGUAUUCAUUUUUUUUAAAUGUAUGUGGGUUUACAGUAAAUGACCAAGUAUUGUGAUAAAACAUUGUGUCCCUGGAUCCUCUCACUCUCCGGUCUCUUGAUCGCAUUCUUAAGAAAUGGUUUAUACAGAUUUUGAAAAGAGAAUCAGUCAUGUCAGGCAUAGAUUAGUCUGAUUUUAAUUGCAUACUGUGAACCUUUUUGUGUAUGGGGACUGCAAGCACUUAUUCUUUAAUUUCCUUGUGUUUUGAAUUUGACUGACUCAGCUGCUAUUAUAUUUAAUGAAUGUUACGUUUUCCUUAUUUGUCAUGCUUUCCUUGUUGUGGGGUCAAAUUAGUGUAAGUUGGAGUGGACAUUUGGGUAAUUUUAGUUUUACAAAUGUUUGAGAUUUUAAGCUGAAUUUAGUUAGUAUCAUUUGAAUUAAUUUAGUGUAUUGUGGUAUACUACAGUGCCUUCAGACAGUAUUUAUACCACCUGACUUAUUCCACAAUUUGUCGUUGUAGUCUGAAUUCAUAAUUGAUUAAAUAAAUGUAUUCUCUCACCCAUCUACACACAAUACCUCAUAAUGACAAAGUGAAAACCCUGUUUUUAGCAAAUUUAUAAAGACAUGUAAUGCAUAAGUAUUCACACCCCUGAGUCAAUACAUGUUAGAAUCACCUUUGGCAGCGAUUACAGCUGUGAGUCUCUAAGAGCCUUGCACACCUGGGUUGUACAAUAUUUGCACAUUAUUCUUUUCAAAAUUCUUCAAGCUCUGUCAAGUUGGUUGUUGAACAUUGCUAGACAUCCAUUGUCAAGACUUGCCAUAGACUUUCAAGCUGAUUUUAAGUCAAAACUAUGACUUGGCCACUCAGGAACAUUCAAUGUAAUCUUGCUAAGCAACUCCAGUGUAGAUUUAGCUAAACACAUGUAUGUGACCAAUAACAUUUAAUUUGAUUUAUUUGGCCUUGUUUUAGGUUAUUGUCCUGCUCAAAGGUGAAUUUGUCUCCCAGUGUCUGUUGGAAAGCACACUGAACCAGAUUUUCCACUAGGAUUUUGCCUGUUAGCACUAUUCCGUUUUUUUUUUUUAUCAUUAACUCCCUAGUUCUUGCCAAUGACAAGCAUACCCAUAACAUGAUGCAACCACCACCAUGCUUGAAAAUAUGAAGUGUAUCUUUGUAUUGACUGGGUGUUUUGGUACACCAUUUAUAGUGUAAUCACUUCACCAUGCUCAAAGGGAUAUUCAAUGUCUGUUUUUUUAUUUUUUUUACCCAUCUAUCAAUAGGUGCCCUUCUUUGCGCAGCAUUGGAAAACCUCUAGUCUUUGUGGUUGAAUCUGUAUGAAAUUCACUGUUCAACUGAGGGACCUUACAGAUAAUUGCAUGUGUGGGGUACAGAGAUGAGGUAAUCAUGUUAAACAAUUAUUGAACACAGUGAGUCCAUGCAACGUAUGUGACUUGUUAAGCAAAUAUUUACUCCUGAACUUAUUCAGGCCUUAACAAAGGGGUUGAAUGCUUGACUCGAAAUUUUAAACUGCAACACAACAAAAUGUGGAAAAAAGUCAGUGUGUAACUACUUUCUGAAGUAUACCUGGAUAGGCUGUAUCAUUCCUGUAAAUAUCUAUUGGGAAUGUAAUAUGUACAUUUUUCACUCUCAUGAUUCUAUUUGUAGUAGUAUUUUAUUUAAACGUUUUUGAGACUCAAUUCAACAUCCUAGGUGUAUAGUGUGAGAUUUUAGUUUUCUUCCAAAUUUGAAUGUUCAGCGCUCUCCUCCUUCAAGUGUUGCUUCACUUGUGCCUUCAAUGUUGCCCUUGAUAACCUUAUGAAACUAUUUUGACAUCAUUCAUAAAUUGCUGUUUUGUUAUGGAAAUGUGGAUAGUUGUGCACCGGUUUUUGUUUUACAUAUUCAUGAUGUGGAAUAAGGAAUGUCAUUUUCCAACAGUCUUUCAACCAUUUGCUGGAUGUACUUCCGUAACUUUCAAACUGUGCUUAUAGCACAUAUCACAAAUAAGGGCUCUCUACUUGCUAUCCCUCUUUCACAUUUCUGAUCAGUUAUUAUACUGCUGGUUGGAUUUCAGAUUCCUUUUUUAGAACUCUGAUGUUUCUCAAAAUGGAUUCUAAACUUUUAUAAACCAAAGAUAUCUUGGUUAUUACAAUAUCUGGAAUGAAUCUACACUUCAUUCUGUGAGGAAUGACAAAAUAAGACAUUUGUCUAAGCCAUGUUUUAUAACAAUGUAACUAAGGACUAUUGGAGAUUUUGAUACAGCAUCUGAAGUCAGCUGCAGCCUGCUGACAGCUGUUAGCUGACCAAGGUCAACAGCGUGUUAAUACUGUCUUGGUUAAUCACGUCUGCUGUUGUUCUGAUUCCCUCAAGCUGUGGAGGACCAUUUUAUUUCAAACUGCUAAUGCCAUAUACCCACCUGGGACCUCAAGGCAAAAUAAGAAAUAUAAGUUCUUGUAUUUUUCUUGCAUAUUGUAAACAUUUGCAGUCAAUGUUACACAUUGGUCAGAAUCUCUCCAUUUCAAUUCAACUAUGCGCCUAUGACAUUUGCAACACUGUGUUUUGGAACAGCCCGUGUUAUGAGACUGCAACACCACUGACUCACAUGGAAAGGAGUACACCCAUGUCUUGAUUUAAAUCUCUUUCAACUUGGGCAUGAACAUGCUAAACCAAAGGCUGGGAGCUAAUGAGACCAGUGUUUCUGGGUCUGUGAACUGUUUUUAAGUCAUGGCCUUUCAAAAUGUGUUAUGAAUCAUGUCACUUAGUUUUAUUAAACCAUGGACCUGCUUUAAUUUUGUAUAAAUGUCAACAUUAAAAUACUUUUAUUGAACAUUUUACAA